AUGUAUUCCCGCUAUUCCGAUAAUUUCGUCUGUAGUUGCUCUGAGACGUCUGGGAGUACACGUGUGUUAGUGAAAGGCUUCGUCAUUGCCGGUGUUAAGAUAUUAUAUCAAAUUUGAAUCCAAGGCAAAUUAUAAAGCAAUGAAAUGGCAUUAGAUAUGGGACUUAUUAUUUUGACGUUAGUAAUCGGGCUUCUAAUCGCCGUUCUAGUGUGGUCUCUCACUAAAAAAUCCACACCGCCAAGCACUAAAGGAAAGAAUGAAAAAAGUGCAUACAGUAAAAAAGAGGGAAAGAAGACAUCAGGAAUGCCAUCUAAACUUCCCAAGAAGAAGGCUGCUCCAGCGGUCUCCAAGGAUUCCAAAUCAACAUUCACUCAUUCAUGGCUGUUGACGUCAUUGAAAGGCCACACUGGUGCCAUCACUGAUAUGGAUUUUAGCGCUAACGGGAAACAUCUUGCCACUUGUGCAGAAGAAUUAGAUGAAGUAUUUGUCUCCCAACCCAUGGUAGAGACUCCAACCCCUAGUGAGACAGACUCUGGCUGUGUACUCAGCCGAAGACAGAAAAGAAAUCGGAUGAAGAAAAGCCAAGCUGGGAAUAAGAAGAAAGAACAUCCCACCAAGACUGUGGAAAGCAAGCAACGAAUGAGGAGAGCCACUCCCUUGAAAUAUUACACUAGACUACAAAUGAAGAAUUCUGAACUUUAUACUUACUUAUACCAGUAUGUCUUGCUCGAUGACCAGCUGCUAAAUUUGGGUUAUCCAGUUGAAAGUUCAUUUUAUCCUGAUCGUGCCAUUAUUUACAAGACCCCAGAGGCAAACGUCACUUAUUACCGAAGUGACGUGAGGCGUGCUUUUAGACAUCAACCAGAAAUAAUUGAAAUGGCUGAACAUCUUUAUAGCUCCGAACAUGGGGAUCCCUAUGAAGAGAAACCACCGCUAAGUCCCAGCCUUGAGAAACGCUGUGUGAGAUGUAAAAAGGGCUUUUUUGUCACACUGGAUGGUGAAUAUCUCACUGAAGAAAGAUGCAUUUACCAUUGGGGUCAAUGGAAGCGCCCCUCAUCACCAGGAGAAGCACAUGGCUAUACGUGCUGUGCAGGAGACGAAGGCUCAUCUGGCUGCACUUCCGGUGAUCUCCACGUUUGGAACGGCGUUAGCCCUGGAAUGAAUGGACCAUUUACUGAUUAUGUCCGCACCACUCCAGGCAGCGGCUCCAAAAUUCAUUCGAUAUACGCUUUGGACUGUGAGAUGUGCUACACCGGCCGUGGCCUGGAAGUUUGCAAAGUUUCCGUCAUCAGCAUCGAUGGUUGUCUAGUUUACGAGGCCUUGGUGAAACCACAUCACCGAGUGAUUGAUUACAAUACUCGUUUUUCUGGUCUUUGCGAGCAGGACCUGAAGAAGGCUACAAAAACUAUAAAUGAUGUCCAGCGGGAUCUACUUGGAUUCAUCUAUUCACAGACUAUUCUCAUCGGACAUGGACUCGAAAAUGACCUUCGUGCAUUGCGUAUUCUUCACUCAAUUAUAAUCGAUACUGCCGUCCUUUUCCCGCAUUAUUUUGGUUUCCCCUUCCGACGCUCGCUCAAAUCUCUCGUUGCCUCCUACCUGCAACGUAACAUUCAGGUAGGCCAUAACGGCCACGAUAGCUUCGAAGAUGCGCGCGCCUGCGCCGAACUUGUUUUAUGGAAAGCCGCGUGUCAAUUACGACCGCGGCAUAAAUCUGAACACAUGCCUUAAAGAAUCAAACAAUUC